CAGAUCUGGCUGCAGAUCUUCCGCAUCCCAAAGAACCCGAGCCUCCGCCAGUAUCAAAAAGAAGCUCUUUUUCAUCCGUCCGGCAAUCAGGCUGUGCACCAAACGAGUCAGUAGCACACGGAAAUGGCUGCAGAACCCAAUCCCAUAGUGUUCUUUGACAUCACGCUCGGAGGUGAGUGCCUUUUGACUUUCCAGCCGCCUCCACCUGUCCAGAUGCUUUUUUUUGCGCAAACGAGGAAAACGAAGUCCACCUGCGCGAAGGACGCAGACCCUUCUUGGUUUCAUAUCAGACGUCCUGCUUGUUACAGGUCUAGGCACUGGAGUUCCAACCGUGAGAAACACCCAAUUGACCGUCGCCAUGCUUUGUAGGCGAGCCUCUCGGACGCAUCAAGAUGGAGCUGUUUGCCGACGUCACGCCCAAGACCGCCGAGAACUUUAGGCAGUUUUGCACAGGCGAGUCCAAGGACGCCAGAGGUCGCCCGCAGGGUUACAAAGGGUGCAAGUUUCACCGUGUCAUCAAGGACUUUAUGAUUCAGGGUGGCGAUUUUCUGAACGGCGAUGGCACCGGCUCCACCUGUAUAUACGGCACCAACAAGUUUGCUGACGAAAAUUUCAAUCUCAAACAUGAUCAGCCGGGACUGCUGAGUAUGGCGAAUUCCGGCCCGAAUACAAACGGAUGCCAAUUCUUCAUCACGACUGUGCCAACGCCAUUCUUGAACAACAAACACGUCGUGUUUGGGAAGGUGGUCGAUGGCAUGGAUGUCGUCAGGAAGAUAGAGAAUACGAGGACGACGAAGCCGAACGAUCGACCUGCCCAGGAUGUCGUUAUCGCGCAAUGCGGCGAGAUGUGAGAGUAACGCGAUCAUGAACUCAGCCUUGGGUCUGUCUUACCUUUUUUUUUCUUUGUGGUUUAGCGCAUGGAUGGGGUAUUAGAUGACGCAAACGAAUGAGCCUCUAUGGCGUUCGUGAAGUCAUUACACGCGCUCCGAACUUCCGACAAACGACAGGUAUGACUGGCCAGUCGCGAAUAUGUCUCGCACGUGAAGGAACGGAUAGGAAAUGCAUUACAUGCUACAAUAAUGACGCUUGUAGACCGCGACUCUUCGUUGCAAUGAGGUUUACAUAGUCGACCUACAAGCAGUGAUAGUCGAAGCGAACAAUUGCAUCCGAAAGUUGAAAGUUCAGCGGACAGCAUGAAAAAAAAACCUAGGUGUCGAAUCAAAAGAUUCAGUUUGCUGCGUUCUAUUUUGUGCACUACAGAGCUUCC